AUGAGAUUAUCUGGUGUUCUCGAUCAUGUGGGGAAGCGGCUCGGAAAGGCGGUUAGGAAACAGAAGCAAAGAAGAUCUGGCUUUGGUGGAAAACUAACAAACCUCGGCUACACGAUCAUGGAUGGCAAGUUCCGCCACGACGUCAACUACGGCCGAGGCGACAACGUCCACAACAACGAAUUCCCUCCGAUCCGAGUGAAUCGUCGCCCGUACGCGCCGAUGAUCAACAAGACCUCUCCAGCGACGCGAAAGAGGGUCGAUUAUGACAUGCCCGGUCCGCUGUAUCUUCACAGAUGGCUUUCAACAGCGCCAGAUAUGAUUGGCGUCGAGAGUUCGCAGAAUUGGCGACCGAGGGAUUACAUCGAAGUCGACCCAAAUAUCUUUUUGAAAACUACAAAAUACCCAAGAGAUGAAAUGAUGCUCAAUCCUUAUUUACGAUUUCCAAUUUACAACAGACUUCCUCUUCAUUACCGAUUGAUGAUGGAAGAAGAAGUCGUCCGCUACGACAACAUAAUCAACAACAUCGGCUCCAAACGACCCGGCGAAGAGGGCGAAUGGGUCCUUUGGGAAAAGAAGAUUCGUGAAGAUCGAGAGCGAGGCCGUAUUUAUCAAAAAGACUGGAAAUACAUUCAGAAAACAGCGAACAAAAACGAAAAUGAGCUUGUCUUAGAGCCGGACGAGGCGCCGAGAUCUAUUUCGUCCGAUACACUAGGAUUCGAAGAUGUGAAAUUUGUCCCAGUGAGAGUUAAUAGAGAGCAUAUUCCGUACGAGUUUCCAAGAGGAAAGUCUGACAGAAGAUUUUACCAUCCAAUGAAGGGAGGUAGAAGCGAGAACAUCCCCGGCCGAAAAGACAACUCAACAGAAUACAACUACGCUCGAGACUCGUUGGAAGAACUGUGGGGCGGCGAAGGAGUCAUCCGCGGCCACACUUUCCGCUCGCGAAUUCGAGAGUAUCCACAAGGAACGCCAGAGUAUAAUGUCACCUGGUGGCCCGAGCGAAGGUACAACCACAAGUUUACAUCACUUCUUCUUGGAGAGGUCAUUCAAACUGUCACAACUGAAAGCUGCCUGGACCAAAUCGACCAAUGCGGUGGCUUCGACGAGUACAUUCUCUUCACUUCACCAGCGAAACUCAUGUCGGACUUGGGCUGUCGGCUCAAGCAGCAAAUGUUGUAUACGCUAAAUGACCCAGAAAAACUAGUUGAAAACUUAACGGCUGCUUCGAAUAUCUAUCCACAUUUGAAUCCUGAAAAGAUGGUCGAUUUCUACUUGGAUAAAUUUGCUUGUGUAAUGAUGACGGAUGAGGCGAUCAGCUGGAUAAAUAUGCCUAUUUAUGAAGCGCUAAAACGGCAAUUAGCGAUUGACAUCGACCUAGCAUCAAGACCAAAAGAAACGCCAAAACUUGAAGAAAAAUCGAGAAAAGGAAGUCUUGAAAAAUUGCUGAGAGGAGAAGAACUAGACGAAAAACCAUCGCCCAUGCCGAGAUUGUCUUUUAAGAGCGAAAUGAACAUGAAAAAGAUUGAAUUGGAGCUGAAUAAAGAGCGAUUUGGAGCUAGAUAUGAAUUCGAGAAUGCGAUAGAUGAGUUCGGAAUAGAAGAAGCUUCUGAAAUGCUGAAUUCUAUGUCGCCAGCACUGGAGAAAUUCAGAAGAGGAUUCCCAGAGCUCAGAACGCCUGAAGAAAUAAAAUAUUCGAAUUUGGCUGCGCACACUAAGAAAUCGAAAGCAUUCUGCUAA